AUGUGUAAACCUGGGCAGAGGUUCUACACUGAAACGUUUUCUCGUUCUUUGAUAUCAGCCUUUAUAAUGAGCUGGACCACCAUAGAGUCAGACGCUGGAGUUUUUACUGAUUUGAUUGAGAGCCUUGGAGUCUCAGGCAUCGAAGUUGAAGAACUAUACACGUUGGAUGAAGAAACCUUGCGCAACUUUUCAGAUAUUUAUGGGAUUAUCUUCUUGUUCAAAUGGAAGAAACCUGAUGGAAAGCCAGAUGGUGAACUCGACUACGAAUCCAUAGAUCGAAUUUUCUUUGGUCAACAAGUCAUAAAUAACGCCUGCGCUACCCAGGCUCUUUUAUCUGUUUUGCUGAAUCACAACGAGGAGAUCAACUUGGGUCCCAAGUUGAAUGAAUUUCGGGAAUUCACAAAACUUCUACCUCCCGAUCUCAAAGGAGAAGCAUUGGGCAAUUCUGAGGACAUCCGUUGUGCCCACAAUUCUUUCGCUCGCUCGGACCCUUUUGUGAGUGAUGAAACAAAGGUUGCGACUGAAGAUGACGAUGUCUACCACUUUAUUGCAUAUACCAACAUUGACAAUACCUUUUACGAACUAGAUGGAUUACAGCCUGCACCCAUCAAUCAUGGCACCUGUACAAAAGAAGAGUUCCCUAAACGUGCUGUUUCUACCAUUCAAUCAAGAAUUGGCAAGUACGAUCCUAGUGAAAUUCGGUUCAACUUGAUGGCCAUUUCUGAGGAUAAGCGUCUCACUAUUUCAAAUAAUUCAGAUUUAACCGAAGAAGAAAAGGCGGCUUCUAUAGCUGCUGAAGAUGACAAACGUGCAGCGUGGAAACGUGAAAAUCAGUUGCGUCGUCACAACUUUUUGGGACUAAUCGUUGAAUUGUCCAAGUUAAUGGCUAAAGAUCGUAUUGCCCAAAAUACUUGGGAUACCACCAUAGAGGAAGCUAAGAAGAUGUACACAAUGGAAAAAUAG